CACUUCAGAGCCAUUUCCUCUGUAACCUGAUCGUUGACCGUAAUACGUCUAAUAAAGUCGCUUAAAGUCGCACACACCCUCUGGCUGCGUGUGUGAGGUGCCACAUCGAAGUGGAAUAUAAACCGCGGAAAAUGCGCAUCAUGCUGCUGUUCCUGCUGCAGUUGUUGGUCCUUGCUUCGUGUGCUCCUCAACGGUGUGACCCAGGAUUUCGGGGACUGUGCAAGCCAACAGUGGAAGAAAAACCCAAAUGCACGGAUGUGUUGCUGUCCUACUGCGACGACAUGGCCUACACUCAGACCAUGUUCCCGAACAUCCUCGGCCACAAGACCCGCGAAGACGCCGAGGCUGGCACCGAGUACCUCCUCAUGAGUGUGGUUGAGUCCCUGCUCAGGGGAGAGUGCAACCCUGAAAUCCGCAUGCUGGGCUGCUCUGUGUUGGCUCCGCGCUGCGAGAAGGAGACGGUGCUGAAGCCCUGCCGCGUCACCUGUGAGGCGGUGCGUAAAAGAUGCAUCCACGCUUUCGAAGCGAUAGAGAUGGCUUGGCCCUACUUCCUGGACUGUGACCGCUUCUUUGUCAGUGUCGAAGAGGGAUGUUAUGACCCUCUGGAGGGCCUCAGAGCAGAGCAGAAUGCAGAGACGGUUGACAGCAUGGAAGUUCUUUCUCCAGAGGAGGCUGCUACCACGAUAAAGUUCACCUACCAUUCCAACGCUCAGAUGAUCGGUGUCUUGAAGAAAACUGAGGAACGAUGCUCUGACAUAGCAAGAACCUACAGCAUUGGCCGCAGUAUGGAAGGCAGGGAGCUGCUCGUGAUUGAGUUCUCAAACAACCCCGGCGAACAUGAAUUACUCGAGCCAGAGAUAAAGUACCUCGGCAACAUGCAUGGAAAUGAAGUCCUGGGCCGCCAGCUGCUGAUCUACUUGGCUCAGUACCUGUGCUCAGAGUAUCUGCUGGGGAACGAGCGCAUCCAGACCCUCAUCAACACCACCCGCGUCCACAUUCUGCCCUCCAUGAACCCUGACGGAUACGAGGUGGCUUCUUCUGGAGUCCAAGACAAUAACUACGGGGAUGAUGAGGGGGAGGGUCAAAGACAUGAUGCUUGGAACAUGGGCAGAAACAAUGCUCAGAACACCGAUCUGAACAGAAACUUCCCCGAUUUGACGUCCGUUGUUUACAGCAGACGGAGACAAAAGGGCUACCGCACCGACCACGUCCCAAUCCCAGACUAUUACUGGUUUGGUAAGGUUGCACCAGAGACUUACGCUGUCAUGAAAUGGAUCCGCUCCAUCCCGUUUGUGCUCUCUGCUAACUUCCACGGCGGGGACCUGGUGGUGUCCUACCCCUACGACCUGUCCAAACACCCGCUGGAGCGUAACAUGUUCUCCCCAACACCGGACGAUCAGGUUUUCAAGCUUCUCGCCAGAACAUACGCCAGUGCCCAUGAAAGAAUGUCCUAUGAAAAUGCCCGGUGUGGAUCAUCUCGUACUCACAGUCAGAAAGGAAUCAUUAAUGGGGCACAGUGGUCCAGCAUAGCAGGCAGCAUGCAAGACUUCAACUAUCUUCACACCAACUGCUUUGAGGUGACCGUGGAGCUGGGCUGUGAUAAAUUCCCCCCUGAAGAGGAACUGUUUCUCGGCUGGCAUGAGAACCUUGAGGCUUUGAUUGCAUUUAUGGAAGCAGGCCAUAGAGGCAUCAAAGGUCUCGUAAAAGACGAGGAGGGAAAUGCAAUCAAAGGUGUACGAAUAUCAGUCAGAGGAAUACGGCACGAUGUUACCACAGCUGAAGGCGGAGACUACUGGCGCCUUCUCACCCCUGGCAUCCACAUCGUGACCGCCUCGGCCCCGGGCUACACCCGAGCUAUGAAGAAAGUCCACCUGCCUCCUCGAAUGCUCACAGCAGGCCGGGUGGACUUCGUGCUGCAGAAAGCUGCGCUGGAGCCUGACAUGCAAGAGGAGGAUGACACCAUCCCGUCCAUGGGAACCUAUGAGCGCUUUGACCCUUAUAACCAGUACGAGCGCUACACCCUGAUGGCCGAUUUGAGCCAGAACCGCGAGGAGAGAGCAGAGAAGCCCUGGUGGUGGAACUACUUUGUCCUGCCGGGAGGACCCGCGCCAACCUGGCUACUCAAACACCAUUACAGCUUUUAAUGGGAAAACGGAAUUAUCUCUUUCUACAGUAUACAUACAAACCGAGCUGUCAUGUAAUGAAUGUGCUGCUUUUUAUUGCUGCAGUAAAGUGUCACAGCUAGCUGGCUGGCCUUCAUGUUAGCUUUCAUGCUUUUACCUACAUGUCUGUUUGGUCCCAAGGCCGAAUUUGAAAUUAUAAUGUAAGAACCUCACAGCCUUGACAUGAAAGAACUUCAAUUAAUGACCAUGAUGAAAUGAAAGUUUGUUAAAUACUUUUAUUACAAUUUUUACUGCAGGAAAAACAGCUUUUUAUCAAUAAAAAUUAUUGGGAUUUAUAGUCACAAUGUGAGUCCUUACAGCUGCACCGAAGCACGCAAGGCAUAUUAUUUGUACAGCAACUUUCAAACAAGAAAUGCAUCAGAACAACACUUAAAAAAUACAAUAAAAAGGAAAAUAGAUAUGUUGAAAAAACAGUACUCUGAUAAUGUAUAUCCCAUAUGUAAUAUUGGUUCAGUUAUUACUUUUUAGUAAGUAAUGAAACCAGGUGGCCACUAGGGGGCAGGCUGAAUCAACUUCUGGUCUAAGUUACUGCAGUGUUGAAUGUUGAAAUAAAUGUGACAUGUCAAUAACCUGUGA